GUUUGCGUGUGUGUGUCUGUAUGUGUGUCUGUCUGUCUGUACCUGUGUGUGUGUGUCUGUGUCUCUGUGUGUGUGUCUGUGUGUGUGCAUGUGUGUGUGUGUCAGUGUGUUUGUGUGUGUCUGUGUGUGUGUCUGUGUGUUUGCGUGUGUGUGUCUGUAUGUGUGUCUGUCUGUCUGUACCUGUGUGUGUGUCUGUGUGUGUGUGUCUGUGUCUCUGUGUGUGUGUCUGUGUGUUUGUGUGUGUUUGUGUGCGUGUGUGUGUGUGUUUGCGUGUGUGUGUCUGUAUGUGUGUCUGUCUGUCUGUACCUGUGUGUGUGUCUGUGUGUGUGUGUCUGUGUCUCUGUGUGUGUGUCUGUGUGUUUGUGUGUGUUUGUGUGCGUGUGUGUGUAUGUUUGUGUGUGUGUGUAUGUUUGUGUGUGUAUGUUUGUGUGUGUGUGUUUGUAUGUGUGUCUGUAUGUGUGUCUGUCUGUUUGUACCUGUGUGUGUGUCUGUGUGUGUGUGUGUCUGUGUCUCUGUGUGUGUGUCUGUGUGUUUGUGCGUGUGUGUGUAUGUUUGUGUGUGUAUGUUUGUGUGAGUGUGUGUGUGUAUGUUUGUGUGUGUGUCUGUGUC